AUGCUGUGCGACAUGGGUGACAAAAUUAUGGAGGAGGAGACUGGCAAAUUGUACAACAAGAAGGACAAGGAAGGCAAAAAGAUGGAGAAGGGUGUGGCCUUCCCUACUUGCAUCUCCGUCAACGAGAUUGUGGGGCACUUCUCCCCACUCCGGGGCGAGUCCAGGCAAUUGAAGGCGGGUGACGUCGCCAAGAUCGACCUGGCUUGCCACAUUGAUGGUUUCAUCGCCUCUGCUGCGCACACCAUCAUCGUGGGAGGGGACAAGGUUUCUGGGAAACAGGCCGACGUCGUCAUGGCUGCUUGGAACGCUGCAGAGGCUGCAUUGCGGCUGGUCCAGGUCGGCAACAGGAACACACAGGUGACUGAGGCGUUCGCAAAGAUCGCCGAGGAUUUCAAGGUCAAACCCAUGCAAGGAGUGCUCUCGCACCAGCUGAAGAAGCACGUCAUCGAUGGCAACCGAACCAUCAUUUGCGCAGAGACUCCCGAGGAGAAGGUUGAGGAGUUCGAGUUCGAGCUGAACGAAGUUUACAGCAUCGAUGUUGUCAUGUCUACCGGCGAAGGCCGCGGGAAGGAGACAGAGCUAAGAAAUACCGUCUACAAGCGAGCAGUGGAGAACAUGUACAGCCUGAAGACGCAGAAGGCUAGGCAGUUCAUCUCAGAGGUGAAUCGGCGAUUCCCGGCUUUGCCGUUCACUUUGCGGGCCAUUGAAGACGAACAGGUGGCCCGGGUGGGCGUGUCCGAGGCAAAGCGGCACGAGCUCCUCGACGAGUAUCCUGUGCUCAAGGAAGCGCACAGCGAGUUUGUGGCGCAGUUCAAGUUCACUUUGCUUUUGCUGCCUGGUGGCACGAAGAAGAUCACGGGCCUGGCCCUGGGAAAACUUCAGGAGCAGGCGGCAUCUGAGCUUUCUGUCGUGGAUGAGGACAUGAAAAAACUGCUGGCGACGUCUGCGAACCCCAAGAAGGCCAAGAAGAAGAAGGCCGACAAAGGCGACGCCAAAGACGGUGAGGAGGCCUAA